GUUUGCCACGGCGACCGCUCUAGCUGCACCUCCCAUCCAGCAGCUUAGCUCCCUGCCUCCCUACACGCCCCCGGACUGCUUUGCAUCGACCCCUUCUUCUCCCCGGAAAGCGUCCCAACCGCUUGCGGUGAAUUAUCCGUGCUCCGGUCUCGACCUAUCGGCGUUGCUCCUACACAACAACAGGCCGCCGUGCAGCAGCACCAGCAGCAGCAGCAGCAGCAAGCAGGAGGUUUGAAACACACCGCCCGCGCAAGAUGAAGGGCACCGUCGUGGGCACGCUGGCCAUGGCCGGCUCGGUCGCUGCUUUCCUGGCGCCCUCGUUGCCGAGGUAUACCAACCCCGCGCAGUGCCGUCGAGGGGCCACAUCAAAGGUUUCUAUGUCGUCUGCUGCGGACGUCGUCGACAAGAAGGCGGCGAGACGAAAGAUUCUCCAGUCGGACAGUUACAACCGUGUCGGCUUCAAGGACGAGAAGGAGGACGUUUCGGCGCUCAUGUCGGACGAGUUCACGAGCGACAUCAUCUCGGAGUUCAAGGAGAACAAGGGCAGCAUCACUAGGGGUGACACGACCUUCAAGCUCGCCGAGUACUACGGCUUCUGCUGGGGCGUGGAGAGGGCGGUGGCCAUGGCGUUCCAGGCCAGAAAGCACUUCCCCGACCAGACCAUGCACAUCACGAACGAGCUGAUCCAUAACCCAGGAGUCAACGAAAAGCUGAAUGAAAUGGGCGUCAACUUCGUGCCAGUGAGCGACAAGGGGGGCAAGGACCUGGAGACGAUCAAUGACGGAGACGUUGUGAUCCUUCCGGCAUUCGGGGCGUCCCUCGAGGAGAUGCAGACGCUCGACGACAAGAACGUACAAGUGGUAGACACGACCUGCCCCUGGGUGAGCAAGGUGUGGAACACGGUCGACAAGCACACCAAGGCGCAGUUCACCUCGGUGAUCCACGGCAAGUGGGCCCACGAGGAGACGGUGGCGACGGCCUCCUUCUGCAACAAGUACCUGGUGGUGAAGAAUAUGGCCGAGGCCGAGUACGUUGCCGCGUACAUCGCCAACGGGGGCGGCGACAAGGCGGAGUUCAUGGAGAAGUUCAAGAACGCCAUGUCGGAGGGCUUCGACCCGGACGUGGACCUGGUGAAGGUAGGGCUCGCCAACCAGACGACCAUGUACAAGCGCGAGACCCGCGACAUCGGGAAGCUGUUCGAGAAGACGCUCAUGGAGAAGUACGGCCCGGCAGAGGUCGGGGAGCACUGGAUGGCGUUCGACACCAUCUGCGACGCGACACAAGAGCGGCAGGACGCCAUCUUGGAGCUCGUGGAGGAGGAGAUCGACCUCAUGCUGGUUGUGGGAGGGUGGGACUCGUCCAACACGCAGCACCUCGCGGAGAUCUCCGCCAACAAGGGCAUCCCGACGUACUGGGUUAACAAGGCUGACUGCAUCAAGCCAGACGGGUCGAUCGCCCACGUCGACCCUCACUCCAUGGAGGAGCUGCGCACCGAGAACUUCCUGCCCGCGGGGAAGAUCGUGAUCGGAGUCACCUCCGGCGCGUCCACCCCGGACGCCUACAUGGAGCAGGCGGUGGAGAACAUCUCGAUGCUCAAGAAGCUGGCAGCAGCGGCUUAAUCUGGGCGCAACCGUUGGUAGGAUGUGAUGCCCGGGAACCAGAUGUUUGGCCAGGACGGGCGCACACAACCCCACCAAACAUUGCCAUGCGCACCGUGCGCAUAGGGCCACAAGGGGCAAGCGGUGUGGCCCGGGGUCGGGAGACGCCAUGAUAUUUACUGGUGCACCGCCGAAGAUCUCAUGUACCUGGUACGCGGAAGGCCUCGUUGUUUAUGUUAUCUUCAGAUGUCUUUUCGUUGUUUGUUGAGCCCUCUUCCGGUUAUUGUCCGAGAUUUUUUGUCGCGAGGACGUGACACUCAGCGGGAAACGCACUCUUCUUCUUCGGAGAAUGGCUUCGCGGGGAGGGGGGAGCAGCCGAGCACCAAGCAGGCAUAACGAGAAUAGGGAGCCCGAGGCAGAAUGUAGACUUGGGCUAGGAUUAUCGUAUUCCCGCUACGCCGCUGCAGGUGGUACCGGUAUGUUCGGGUAUGUUCCACGAAAUAUACAAACCAUUGGGUGAAAACCCACACAAGCGAGCUCUUAGGAGGUGCAUCGAAAAUUUUGUGUUGGCGUGUGAUCUGGUUGCCCCCAAACUUGGGAUGUGUACGAUAGAAACACGCGGAAUACGCCUCAACACUAAGCCAGAGGUUGCGCAUCGUCCGUCAUUUUGGUCAUCAAUGGUCAGCAGAUGACACGAUAUGGCAGGCAGUAAUUUAGCAUGAACCGCCUUCCUUUCCGCCCUGCAGCAGCAGUGUGUCACGUAUAGUGUUUGGACACGAUCGAUUCAUGUGUUGGUGUGAGAAACGACCACGCAAAGGCGCUCCUGUGAUGAGCUAGGAAUAGCGCACUCAUCACAGCUGGUUCGUAGCCUGCCCCCGGCAAGCAUAGAUCGUGGGUGAGAUCCUCAUGGCGCACGAAGAGAGGCCACUUCUAACAAAACUGUUGAGAAAGCUUGAGCUGAACCUCUCGCGUGUCUUGAAAAUGCUGAUUGUGUUGAUUCAGUUUUCUGUUAGUAUUGGUAUCGUUAUGGAAGACGCGGACGGUGCACAAAGCGAAAACGAGGCCAUAUGUACUGUUCUCGAUGAAAACGAACCAACGUCCAUUUUUUAUCACGCGGGACAGAGUGCGUUUGUCGGAAAAUUCCUCAU